AUGCUGUCUCUGCUGCUGGUCCUCUCGGGCUUUGGCCGGCUGGCCUUGGCCAGCCUGUGGCAGAGCACGGGAAAGAACGGGGACACUGCUGGCUACUGCGGAGAACUCACAUAUAUUCUCCUCAUCUCAGACUCUGAAACACCGCUUCUCGAAAUCACAGUGCCUCAGAAGAUGGAAACAAACACCAAAGAUGGCAAAGCUUCAGAAACAAAUGUCAUUUACGUGGUCAAAAUUGAGGGCAAAACAUAUACACUUCUUCUUGAAAAACAAUCAUUUUUGUAUCCACAUUUCAUGGCAUAUUCAUACAGCAAGUCAGGAAUCUUGCAAACAGAUUCAUCAUUUGUGACGGGUCAUUGUUUUUAUCAAGGACACAUUGCAGAGAUCCCACAGUCAGUGGUGACACUAAGUACCUGCUCAGGACUCAGGGGCUUAUUACAGUUACAGAAUAUUAGUUAUGGAAUUGAACCUUUAGAAACUUCAGCUACAUAUGAACAUAUGAUUUAUGAAAUUAAAAAUAAUAAAAGUGAUUAUUCUCCUUCAAGAAAAAAGGACCUUAAUUUUCAAUAUGGAGAUCAAUCCUACAGGAUUCUAGUGAAACCAGAAAUUAGUCCAAAUGUUAUGCUAGUGAACAGAAUGCUGAAAGUACAAAUUAUUGUGGAUAAAGUCAUGUAUGAUUACAUGGGCUCUGAUGUGGGAGUGAUAGCCCAGAAACUUGUCCAUAUCUUUGGUCUGGUCAACAGUAUGUUUUCCCAGCUUAAAAUGACCAUUAUGCUAACUUCUUUGGAGGUCUGGUCAGAUCAAAAUAAGAUUUCAACAGAUGGGGAUGCUGAGGAAGUACUGCACAGGUUUUUGUCAUGGAAACAAAAAAAUUCGCAUCAAAGGUCUGAUGAUAUGACAUACUUAGUACUGUAUAAGGACCAUCCUCAGUAUGUGGGCGCCACAUACCAUGGGAUGGCUUGCAACCCAAAGUUCUCAGUAGGAGUUGCUCUGCACCCAAAAGUCAUGACUGUGGAGGCUCUCUCUGUUAUCGCGGCACAGCUACUUGGAGUUAACCUGGGCUUAGCGUACGAUGAUGUCCACAGUUGCUACUGUCCAGGAAGCAUGUGCAUAAUGAACCCUGAAGCAGUACACUCCCAUGGCAUAAAGAUUUUCAGCAGUUGCAGCAUAGAUGGAUUUAAGCAUAUGGUUUCACUGCCUGAAUUUAAAUGCCUUCACAGUGAAAGUGUUUUGGAAAUUGUUUCCCAACAACAAUCUUCAGCAACCUGUGGCAAUUACAUUUUGGAAGAGCCAGAGGAGUGUGACUGUGGCCCACCAGAGAAAUGCAUUCAUAAGAGAUGCUGUAACCCUGCAGAUUGUACGCUGCGUAAAAAUGCAGAGUGUGGCACGGGGGCAUGCUGUGAUAAAAGAACGUGCAUGAUAGCAGACAGAGGACGUUUAUGCAGGAAAAGUAAAGAUAUGUGUGAUUUCCCUGAGUUCUGCAAUGGAAACUCUGAAUAUUGUGGACCUGACACCAUGUCAGCUGACCUGGAGCCAUGCAAUAACAGGACUGCCUAUUGCUUCGGUGGCAUUUGCCGAGAUCCUGAUAGACAAUGCAAAGAUAUAUUUGGAAAACAUGCUAAGGGUUCUGAUUAUGACUGUACAGAAGAAGUGAAUCUUCAAAAUGACAAAUUUGGAAACUGUCAUGGACGUUGUGAUUCCAAUUUUGUCCUUUGUGGAAAGAUGGUUUGUCAAUGGACAAGUUCAGAAAUUAUACCAAUUUCAGAACACUAUGAUUUCCAGUACACUUACCUUGGAGGCCAUGUGUGUGUAUCUGCACAUUUAAGAACAGCAGGAAUGGCAGAUAAUACCUAUGUAUAUAAUGGUACUACCUGUGGUCGUAAUAAGUUUUGUUUUAGAGGGGAAUGCAAACAUUUGAAUGCCCACCCCCGCUCACCAUCCUGUAACUCAGCAGUAAAGUGCCAAGGACACGGAGUUUGUAACAAUUUCAACAAUUGUCACUGUGAUGUUGGUUAUGCGCCUCCUGAGUGUUACCCAACACCAUCAUCCCCAGGCGGAAGUUAUGACGAUGGGUUUUGGAAUGCAUUAGAUAAAGGCAUACCCUUGGUUAUGAAACGAAAACAUGCAAAUCAUUUUAAAAGGAAACUCUUGUAUACUCUCUAUGGUUUUCUGCCUUUCCUCAUUAUAAUUGCCAUCACUGUGACUAAAUUUAACAUGGCAAAGGAAUUUCCAUACAGAGAAAAAACUGUGAGUGGAGAAACUGUGUCAGAAGACAGCAAAAAUAGCAACAUCCUGUCACAGAGCUAA